AUGAAUGCUCUAAUAAGAAAAUCAGCUUCAACAAUAUUAUGGAAUCGAGAAUUACGAAAUAUUCUUAUGCUACAAAGAGGUCCAACAGCAAAAUUUAUGCCAAAUACAUUUGUUUUUCCUGGUGGAGUUGUUGAGAAGACCUCAGAUACAAAUUUUCCAGUUGAUAUUACCAAUUAUGGAUCUGUAAGUGGUACUAAAAUUAUUCCAAAAGGAGAUGAUUCUGAUUUUCCAUUAAGAAUAUGUUCUUUGAGAGAACUAUUUGAAGAAACGGGAUUAUUAUUUGUAGCUGAUAAAGCAAAUAGUAAAAAAGAAGUUUUAUCAACUUUGACUGAUAGUGGUUUAAGUAAGAUGAGAAAUAAAGUUAGAGAAAAACCUUCUCUGUUUAAGGAUUUAUUUAAAGAUUUUAUUGCUGAUGUUGAAUGUUUAAUUCCUUGGUCAACAUGGUUGACACCAGCAACAUACCCAAUGAGAUUUAAUGUUGUCUUUUAUGCUAUAAAUGUAGACCAGAAUUAUGAUAUAGAUUUAUGUGAUAAAGAAAUGUUUUCAUGUUUUUGGGAAAAACCAAGUCAUAUUUUUGCAAAAUCUAAAGAAAAUGUUAUAUUACCUCCACCUCAAUAUUAUGAAUUAAUGAGAAUAAGACUUGCUGGUGAUACUGAUUUAUCAGAAAUGACUGAUUCAAAUUUGAUAUGUCCUCAAAUAUAUAAAACAAUUGAUGAACCAAUAAAAAUUGUUAACAUACUUCCAGGUGACAAUUUAUUUAUUGACAAUUUUGAAGAUUCAGAAAAAUUAAAAGUUAGAGAAAUUUCAUGGAAAGAUUUAAAUAUGAAUGAUCCAAAAAAGAUAUAG